AUGGGGGCCUCUCAAAGGUGCAGGUCAUCCAUAAACCCUUCUUCUUUUAGUUCUCUUUUCUUUGUGGGAACACUUCUCUUCUCUUUGAUGAUGACCGCCUAUGCCUGCCCUAAGCUCUGCCACUGCACAGAGAGGAACGGCAUGGUGGUGCAGUGCACUUCGCGCAACCUGGAGAGCAUCCCGCCGAACUUACCCAAGGACACUGUGGUCCUCCUGCUGUCGUCGAACCGGAUCCGACACGUCCCGAAAGGAGCCUUCGCUGACCUUCACCGCCUCAGGGAGCUGGACCUAUCUCACAACGCCUUGGAGAGUGUAGAGGUCGGUGCCUUUCAGGGGGUUUCCGAAGCCCUGCGGACCUUGGAUCUUUCAAACAACCAUCUGAGCAGCCUCCCCAGGGACACCUUCGCCAAGCUGCACGCCCGAAUCCGCCUCUCCCAGAACCCCUGGCACUGCGAGUGCUCGCUGCAGGAGACACUGAGGGAGCUGAGGCUCGACCCCGAGACGGUGAACGAGGUCAGCUGUUUCACGUCAGAGCAGGAGGAGUACGUGGGACAGCCGGUGAUCCAGGUCCUGGACUCGGGGAUCAACUUUUGCAACUUCCACCACAAGACGACUGACGUAGCCAUGUUUGUGGCCAUGUUCUGCUGGUUCUCCAUGGUGACAGCUUACAUCAUUUACUACAUCAAACACAAUCAGGAGGACGCCAGAAGGCAUAUGGAGUACCUCAAAUCACUGCCCAGCACCUCUCACAUGAGCAAGGACUAUGACACAGUGAGCAGCGUGUUUUAG